AUGGAGAGACGGGGACGGCUCCUAACACCUGAGCCUAGCGUUGAGCCGGAUGCCAUUGAAACCAAAUUGUCUGUAUAUCCGAAUUUGCCUUCCAUCAGUGAAGAUGAUGGAACUUCCUCUGUUGAGGAAGGUGAUACAUCAAUGGACGAGGCAAGUGAAGGAAACGAUGCCAGGCCUACCGAGAGUGAACCAGAUCCUCUCCCACAGCGGCUGAUCACGAUCAUACAAGAAUUAUGUGUGGACUCGAGUCUGGCCUUUCAGGAAGAAUUCCUUCAGGCCACACCAGACUACCAACACUGCCAGGACUUUUUUGAUAACCUCAACAAAAGAAUUGAAGAAUCUAAUAAGGAGAAAGAUGCCGAUCUUACCGAAGGAAAAAUAGACACAGAAACUUUCAUUGUUAAUAUUCGCACCUUCCGGGAGCACGCAGGCAGUUGCUAUGAUAAAAAAGAUAUUAAAGGUUGUUGGGCCGCAUUCGAUUCAUGCUCUAGCAUACUAGAUGGUCCAAUGGAAAAGAAAGCAGCACCUCCAGAAGAAGGAUUUGAAAGAGACAAAACUUCUAGUCAGAGUGAUAUUUCACCAUUGGAGUUACUCGAAUCUCGGGCAGCAGGGCAGUACAGUCGUCAUAAAGAGGGAGAGGUCUUGUAUUGGUGGCCUAAGGGUACAGGAUCACAAGCUUUUGUCCGUUAUGGAGACCCAGACACGUCAAUCUUUCGUAUUCGAGCUGGGUCUUACCAGCGCUAUAAUCCAUUGAAAGUUCCGCAGGUCUUCACCUCAGAGUGCCGCGGCACAGCCAAGGUAGUGGAUGAGACGAAGACCCCAGCUCGAGAACUAUGGAAGUAUAAUCGGGAGGAUGUGGCUGACAUUCUUGGGGUUGCUUGGAAGAUUAAUGAUGAUGAUGAGAGUGAUAUCGAUCCUCUCUCACUUCUUCGACCUGGACGGGGUGUAGUCUAUCCACAAACCAGAGCUCUGGUUCUUUGGAAAGAUGGCACAAAAACCCUCGAGGGAAGAGCUUUCAUUCGUCGUACUCUUCAAAAAGGCGACUACGCAAUUUAUCAAAAGGCCGAGGAAAUGGAGAAUGAUUACCGGGAGUUACAUGGUGACUUUAACGAACAAGUGGUUAGUGAAGGAGAUGAGAACAGUGAGAGUAACAGUACCAGCGAUAACGAGAACAAUGGCAGCAAUAACAGCGACGCUGAUAGCGAUACUGAUAGCGACAGUGAGGAGAAGAGAGACUAUUAUAGAAAGAAGAAACACAAUUCAUCGGAUGAGAGGCCUCGGCGCCAUGGUUACAAGAAGGAAAAGCCCAAGAAGACAUACAGUGAGCCACCUCGAAGCCAUCAUCGUACGAGGGAAAGAUCCCAGAGAAUGUAUAGCGAGCCCCUUCCGAGCCGUCGUCAGAGCCAGGAAACCAAGGAUCAGAUUCUCAUGCUUGAGCAACAACUCAAAAAGCUCAAGAAUAAAGGAAAAGCUCCAAGACAAAAGAAAAGACAGGGAGCAGGCCAGGGUAAUAGACACGAGAAGAUAUAA